UCACUGACAGUUGAUGAAAAUGGCAGCACACGCGAGAUCAACAUUGAGGCUAUUUGUGGGGAAUUUGCCAUGGACAGUAUCCAGGUAUGAACUUCGUGAAUAUUUUCAGAUGUUUGGACCGGUGAAACAGGCAUCAGUGUUAUUUAAUAAGGAGACUGGGAUGAGUCGAGGCUACGGGUUUGUCCAAUUUGGCAGCAGAGAAGCUUACACAGCAGCCAUUUCUCAGAAUGAGCAUGUGUUGGAUAAUUAUAAGAUUCUCAUAGCAGCUUCAGGGAAAGGAGCAUCUACAAAUGCCUCUCAGGGCAAACCCAAGGAUGACUAACUGCAGCCUGGGACAGAUUUAUCUGGAGACUGAUUGAGGGUGUGAUUGUGUAGGUUUUGGAUGGCCUCUGACCUUGGAAAAAGAUGUACAGUGUAUCUUGUUACUUGACACCGUGUGAAUGAAGAUACCAGGAAAACAGAAGCCUGUUGCUUUAAUAACAACUGAACUUCAUUAUAAAGACAAGAGAUACAUGUCAAAGUUUUGUUGUUAACAGUUGAACUUUAUCAGAGAGACAACAGAUAGAUGCAUGUCAUAGUUUUGUUGUUGACAGUUGGACUUCACUGGAGAGACUGCGUAUAUUUUCGGUACUUUGGCAGAUGAAGAUAGAACGUCAAGGGUAUUCUGAAGGGUACAAAUACUGUAACCGCAUCCUGAAAGUAAACUUCAUGUGGUUUGGUUGGAUUGUGACACUGGGGUAGACAUUAUGAGUUUACUUCUACUUGUAAGCUUUUUGGUGAACUUAAAAGUAAGUUUUAGUAGUUUUCCCUUUUCCAGGCACUGAGGAAUUUGUUUCAUUUGACAUAUCUGCUUUUCCAAAAACUUGCAGUAGAACUACUCGAGUCUAGAUAUCACCUACACCAGUUUGUUUCUUCUGAGCAAAGUCAGUAACACCUGUACAUGUUUAUACAUGUAUGUCUAAUACAACAGUGAUUUUACACAGAAAUGCGUGAGUAGGAUUGUACUGUGCUGUAGCAGCAGUUGUUAAAGGAUUAGUGUCCAGUUUCUUUAUUUAUUCAUAGUUAGUUAGUUAGUUACCCCUGUAUAUAUGGUUAUAUUGAGUGUAAAAAAAUAUUGGAAAACGGUAAUUCUUUUCGAUUAAGAUGGCUUUAAAAAUCACUAGGUAAUGAGGCUGGUUUUAUGCAGUUUUUCCGCCAGUCUACCCUUGGCAAUCUACGCCGAAUUACACCUUACAAGUGAAACCUUUACGAGCUGGCGGUGCUUCGCCAUUUAGUUUAAAUAGUGUUAAAAAAAGCUACAACAGGGACUAGCAUAUCGCAUUUCUUCACGAAGUGGUUUGCUGUUCUGCAUACGGUUGUAAAAACAGGAAGUCGAAGAACCUUGGAGUUAAGGUGUUUUGAAGUUUUCAGAUGAUUUGGCCUACAGGAAGGCAUGGAUUUAGUGCACAAGAUGGAAAGAUUUGGUACCCACCCAAAACACAUGUAUCUGCUGUCGUCAUUUUAUUGCUGAAAGCAACGAGAGGAAUACAGCUGAAUUUCCACAACGGCACACAGUAGUUAUAAAAUAUUAUUAACGGAAAACUGAUAGAUACCCAAUCUCUGUACACUAAGAUCGACGCCCACAACGUACAAGUAUUUAUAAUGUACGCGAUUAUAUGCUCCUGUAAGCAGAGGUUAUUCGGAAUGCCGAAAAUAACAUGUACCGGUCAUUGCCAUAGAGUAUUGGCAUGAAUUUAGAAUCCACCGGGGAAUAGAAUGAUAUUUAUUGUGAAGUGGACAGAGGGAAAGAGUAGUAAAUAAUAAUUAAAUAUUAAGAUAAACAUACAAAAUGUACAGUGUAACACAGGACACAGCUAUAGCCUACCGGUAAGUAUUGCCAGUUCGGUUGGAAAUGCCUGGACAAACAUCGAAUUCAUCGAAGUCUGAAACUCGGAAUCUGGAGUCUGGCCAGAGAUGUCAGUGUCGUAUAUCGCAAGUUCAACGUGAUCCACUGUGGGUUCAUAAUGAUACGUGGUAUAUUUACUGUGGUGUAGCUAGAAUCCAUCUCGAGAAUGACAUCGUUUAGAUACGAAUUCCCAGGUUAUUUAGGUUAGGUAGACUUGGGUUGGCCAUCUGUGACGCCACCCGCUAAUCCCGACCGCUGUACCAAGCGGCUGGCUGGAGAUGGGCUUGGGCAGUUAAUUUGUUGCUUUUGGUGGACUUAAGGUCCCUAUUACGUUUCUCAGAUGCCCCCACCCUCCCCUCCCGCCCGGUUAUAUACUGUUCAAACAGGUUAUAAUCUUAAUAAUUAGGACCAGUCGGUAAAUAUGAACACUAAUUAUUUAAAGAUAUCUGGUAUGAUGUACCACCAGCAACUAAUCUGAUAGCGUGAAGGCCACACACGUGCUAUCAAAAACAUAAUGUCUGUCUAAUGUCUGUGAUUUCCACGUCUCUACAUUUAAUGCGUACAAGAUACAUAAACAUACUUAAAUCGUGAAAUACGUGUGGCCUUCAUUGUUUAUUCAUUAUUUCAUGUACAUGCUAUUUGUAAAUGACUGGUGAUGCGGCUUAGACUGUUAAAGCACUAACCUGCCCAGAGUGUCCAGCCUUUGGCCAAUGAUGUCUUGUGUUCAAAUCCAGCUGGUGCUGGUUGGCUAUGGUUUAAACUCAGGGUACUCCAGUUUCCUCCAAUCAAAACCAGUCAUUAAACUCCAAUCAAAUAAAUACAGGUAUACAACUUUAAUAGUCACACCUCAAUGGAACUGUCUCGGUGUUCCCAUGACAGUAAACUGCAUUGCUUUGAUAAUGAGGAGAGGGACGUGGCUCGGUGAGACGAGUCACACUCAAACCUGUCAUGUGGCACUCUCUGACACUCAAUGCUUAUUGGACCUAGAUGACAUAAUCUGUUCAUGGUGCCCGUGUUUUGAAAUCACUGGGUUCAUUGAUAAACACUUCUCAACUGUGUAUUAGUUUCCCUAACCACUCCGGUUUUUGUACCAAUCGUGUAAAAUCUUUGCUGUUCAUCUCGCAUCCUCCCGUAAAUGACUUAGGUUAAUCAAUAUGGACCUGACUGGUAUGGCAGAGUUGUAACAGCAUUCAAGUCCGAUCAAGGGCAGUAAGUGACUGCAUCGUAAAGGAGGCUCCUGGCUCCAAAAAUAUGUUAUUUAUCCCCAGUCAAGUUAAGCCGACGAUAUCUUGUCAUGUUCUCGCUGCUAAGCAAGGAAGGGCAAAUUCCUGAUGAAAUUCUGUUAUUAUUUUUCUUUGGGUACGUUUAGUAAUUAUAUUGUCCAAUGUUAAACUUGAUUGUAUACCACGUUAUAUGGGAGAUAUUUAAUGUUGAUGUCCUUUGGAAAUACCAAUUGCCAUAGCAAUGCCUAAUUGCUAAGAGAUGUUCCAUUGUCAGUCGGUAAUGUGCCUUACCCAGUCUUCUCAGAAUAUUAGGCUAGUUAUUAGUGAAUAAAUGAAUUUGAACUUGAGUUGAAAAUGUU